AUGGCCGAGCAGCAGAGACAGCGAUCUCUGUCCACUGCCGGGGAGUCCCUCUACCACGUGCUGGGGGUGGACAAGGUGGCAACGUCGGAUGAUAUUAAGAGAUCUUAUAGGAAACUGGCGUUAAAGUUUCACCCCGACAAGAACCCCGACAAUCCGGAGGCCGCGGAUAAGUUCAAGGAGAUCAACAAUGCCCACGCCAUUCUGAACGACCCCACAAAGCGCAACAUUUACGACAAAUACGGCUCCCUGGGGCUGUAUGUGGCCGAGCAGUUCGGAGAGGAGAACGUCAACACUUACUUUGUCCUCUCAAGCUGGUGGGCAAAGGCGCUGUUCGUCUUCUGUGGCCUGGCCACCGGAUGCUACUUCUGCUGCUGCCUGUGCUGCUGCUGUAACUGCUGCUGCGGGAGAUGUAAACCCCGGCCCAGGGAGGGCCAGGAGCAGGACUUCUACGUGUCGCCCGAGGACCUGGAGGCUCAGCUGCAGUCCGACGAGAGAGCAGAGGCUGGCGGCGACCCCAUAGUGCUGCAGCCCUCAGCGACAGAGACCACCCAGCUAACAUCGGACGGGCACUACUCCUACAACACCGACACCGGCUUCAACUAA